GUACGGUGCGCGCAUGAGCAGUGUUCCCAGACUGUGUCUGAGAAAAACGGGGACUCGCGCGGAAUUCGCACCAGGAGUCUCACUGUUGGAGUUACAGCCGAUGACCUGAGGUGAUGAGAAGGUUUUUGUUACUGUAUGCUACACAGCGAGGGCAGGCAAAGGCCAUAGCUGAAGAAAUAAGUGAGCAGGCUCUGUCACACGGGUUUUCCGCAGAUCUUCACUGCGUCAGUGAGUCAGAAAAGUAUGAUCUGAAAACCGAAACUGGCCCUCUGGUGAUGGUUGUAUCUACCACGGGUACUGGAGACCCACCCGACACAGCCCGCAAGUUUGUGAAAGAAAUACACAACAAGACACUACCCACAGACUUCUUUGCUCACCUGUGGUAUGGAUUAUUGGGUUUGGGUGACUCAGAAUACACAUACUUCUGCAAUGGAGGGAAAGUAAUUGAUAAACGACUUCAGGAGCUUGGAGCCCAGCAUUUCUAUGACACUGGACAUGCCGAUGACUGCGUAGGUUUAGAGCUCGUGGUAGAGCCGUGGAUUGAUGGACUCUGGCCUGCUCUCACAAAGCACUUUAAGUCACUCGGAGGACAAGAAGACAUGAGUGACAGUGACACACUCGCACAGGCAUCAGAUGCCCCCUUGAGUAUGGCCAUGAAGCCAGAGUUGUUGCACAUCCAGUCACAAGUUGAACUUCUAAGUUUAGAAGACAUGGGGAAAAGGGAUUCUGAGCUUCAGGAACAAAAUGAGACCAACAAGAGUCAGCCAAGUCGGAUCGAAGACUUUGACUCUUCGCUUGUUAACUCGGUUCCCCCACUCUCACAGAGCUCUCUAAGUAUUCCUGCUGUGCCCCCAGAAUAUUUGGAGGUCCAUCUUCAGGAGUCUCUUGGCCAGGAUGAAAAGCAAGCAUCUGUGCCGCCAUCAGUCGAUCCAAUUUUUCAAGUUCCAAUUUCAAAAGCUGUUGAGCUGACUACAAACGAUGCCAUAAAGACCACUCUGCUGCUGGAAUUGGACAUCUCGAAAGUAGAGUUUUCCCAUCAACCUGGAGAUUCCUUCAAUGUGAUCUGUCCAAACAGUGGUUCUGAAGUAGAAGACUUGCUGCAAAGGCUGCAGCUGGCUGACAAACAAGCACACCGGGUCAUCCUGAAAAUUAAGAUGGACACCAAGAAGAAAGGAGCUUCUCUGCCCCAGCAUGUGCCUGAGGGGAGUUCUCUCCAGUUCAUCUUCACCUGGUGUCUUGAAAUACGAGCAGUUCCUAAAAAGGCUUUUUUGAGGGCCCUUUCGGACUACACCAGCGAUGCCACUGAAAAGCGGAGGCUGCAAGAGCUCUGCAGUAAGCAGGGAGCAGCUGAUUACAACCGCUUCAUCCGAGAUGCCAGUGUCUGCCUGCUAGACCUCCUGCUUACCUUCCCAUCCUGCCAGCCUCCGCUCAGCCUCCUGCUGGAGCACCUUCCUAAACUCCAGCCUCGACCAUACUCGUGCGCAAGCUCCAACUUACUCCAUCCAGACAAGCUUCACUUUGUGUUUAACAGUGAGUUUCCAUCGAACACCACUGCAGCCUCACUGCGGAAGGGAGUGUGCACAGGCUGGCUGGCCACAUUGGUUGCUCCAUUUCUUCAGCCAAACACAGAAGUUUUGACUGCAGACCAUAGUGAUGCUCUGGCUCCUGAGAUACUUAUCUCUCCUCGGGCAACAAAUUCCUUCCACUUACCAGAUGACCUGUCGGCCCCCAUCAUAAUGGUGGGUCCAGGAACUGGUGUAGCCCCCUUUGUUGGCUUCCUGCAGCACAGAGAAAAACUCCAAGAACAACACCCAGAUGGAAACUUUGGAGCAAUGUGGCUGUUUUUUGGCUGCAGACAUAAGGACAGAGACUAUUUGUUCAGGGAGGAGCUCAGGCAUUUCCUCAAGACUGGGGUCUUGACUCAUCUGAAGGUCUCAUUCUCAAGAGAUGCUGCGCCUGAGGAAGAGGAGGAGGCCCCAGCAAAGUAUGUGCAAGACAACCUCCAGCAUCACAGCCAGCAGGUGGCCAGGACCCUCCUUCAGGAGAAUGGCUACAUUUACGUGUGUGGAGACGCCAAGAAUAUGGCUAAGGAUGUAAACGACGCCCUUGUAGAAAUCAUAAGCAAAGAAGCUGGAGUUGACAAACUAGAAGCAAUGAAGACACUGGCAACCUUAAAGCAAGAAAAGCGGUAUCUGCAGGAUAUCUGGUCGUGAAACUAGAAGGGAGGUUUCAGCUUGCUUGCUUGCUUGUUUUCUGAAAUGCCAAAGGACAGUUGUACAGAAGAUAGGUUUCGGGUAUUUCUUGGCAGAGGCUUUGUGGGGAACAGCUCACUUACAGACACCUCCACCUGAUACAAUCUCAGGUUUGUCUCCCGUUCUGUGUCCCACCCAGCACCCCACUGUGUGGAGGGGAGAGGCAGCUCUCAGCUGGCUCUCAAGGACAGAUAGUCGUCAAUGGCUCACUUGUGUCUGGGCACAUCGUGGAGAGUUUGUGGACAUGUUCUCUUUCAGUGAAGUAUAUUCAGAGGAUAUUCAUUCUGAUGAUAUUUAAAUUAAUACAGACAUACAGAGCAUACUUUUGCAUGUUUGCACUUAAUUGUGGUUUACUAUCAAAAUUAUAUUUCUGAUAAAAUAUUUUAAUUUUGAGGUAAUCCUUACAAAAUAAGGGUUUUUAUGCUACUAGAAAUAUAUUUUGAAAUACAAUUGAAAUUGUACUCUGCCAUUUUCAUCAUGUUAACUUUUAGUGUCACAGUCCUACAGCUUAGGGGCAUUUGCAUUGCCCUGACAAAGGCAUGUGUGUACAUCUCAGCAACAUCAUGCCCUGUUCUCCUGGACUCUUUCAUCAAUGCUCCUCACUAACAGACUUGGUAUUCCCCAAUACCUGACUGUACUUCUGUGAUUCAGCUGAGUAAAGAGCUCCAGUUAGACUUCUAAUACCAAAUUCUCUUGCAAGUUUUGAAAAUAAAGCAUAUAAAAGGA